AAUCUUCUCCACUCUCAACACUUGUCUGUCAUCUUCUCUCUCUGGUUCUACCUAUAGAAAAAUUCUGAAGAUGGCCAUAGCUUUCGGACGCUUCGACGAUUCUUUCAGCCUGGGCUCCAUUAAAGCCUACCUUGCUGAGUUCAUCUCAACCUUCCUCUUUGUUUUUGCUGGUGUUGGUUCCGCCAUAGCCUAUGGAAAGUUGACGCAUGAUGCAGCACUGGAUCCCGCAGGGUUAGUGGCAGUGGCAAUAUGUCAUGGAUUUGCAUUGUUUGUGGCAGUCUCAAUUGGAGCUAACAUAUCUGGAGGCCAUGUGAACCCAGCAGUGACCUUUGGAUUGGCUAUUGGAGGCCAGAUCACAAUCCUCACUGGUAUCUUUUACUGGAUUGCUCAGCUUGUUGGCGCCAUUGUCGCUAGCUUCCUCCUCAAGUUUGUCACCGGAGGCAUGACAACUCCUACUCACACCGUGGCUGCCGGAGUGGGAGCAAUAGAAGGAGUGGUUAUGGAGAUUAUUAUCACUUUUGCCUUGGUUUACACUGUGUAUGCCACAGCUGCUGACCCCAAGAAGGGUUCUCUUGGGACCAUUGCUCCCAUAGCCAUUGGCUUUAUUGUUGGCGCCAACAUCCUCGCCGCCGGCCCCUUCUCCGGUGGCUCCAUGAACCCGGCUCGCUCCUUUGGCCCCGCCGUGGCUUCCGGCGACUUCCGUGACAACUGGAUCUACUGGGUUGGACCCCUCGUUGGUGGUGGCUUGGCUGGCCUUAUCUAUCCCAAUGUCUUCAUGCACUCUGAACAUGCACCUUUGGCUAAUGAGUUUUAAUUCUGAUAUUCUGAUUCUGAUUGACUGCCUCGCUGAUUCCUGCUUGUUUUCUCCGUAAUAAAAGAAGGGAAAUGCAUGCUUUGCUUGCUUUUUCUUUCUUUUUCUUCUUUGAUAUCUUCGCUUCAGUUGUAAAACGUUUCUGGGGUUAAUUUAUCAUCAUGAGCUGUAAGAUUCAAUAUUAGGCUUGGUGUAUGUCAAGGCUUUUUUAUCUCUGGUUUUCUUUUUCUGCUGCUUCUUUCGUCUUUUAUGCUUGGAGGAAUAGGGCAGAAAACAUGCAAGACAAUGCAAAAUUGAAUAUCCCAGAA